AUGGGACGACUCUUCCACCCUUCAGUCCUUACUUAUUUUCUGUUUCUGUUCAAGGGCAGUUAUGGCAAUGUCCCUGCCUCGAACGCAGUUCAAACCUCCAUAUUGAACCAACAGGCCUACAAUCUUUGCCUUCAUGAAAAUUCCAUUCGGUCUCAAAAGUCAUCUUGCACGUCUUUUGGAACACCUGGAAUGAUACCUUCCCAGACUGUCCUCACUAUAUCAAAUUCUAAGGUAACAUUCGUUGCAUCUUUUCUCCUCGAGUAUGGGGGUUUGCCGUCGGCAGGGACCACAAUCACUACCACCGGUGCCGACGGCGGACAAAUGACCGUGCCUAUCGGUGAAUUAGGCCAAGCCCAUGCCCACGGUUCCACCCCAACCGCCCGUGACAACCAAGAGCGGAACUACUUGCCAUGGGCCGCAGACGUUGACAUCAACCAAGACGAGCAGUUCGACCUUAUCGCUUAG